CAACAAUCUGUCGCGGAAUCAGCCCAUCGACAUCCAAAGCUCGUCGCGCGCAUCCUACACUCUCACAACCCCCCGUCGCGCAAACAUGUCAUCCAACCCAGCCGAGGCCACCGAGGCGCCGAUCCUCUUCCGCCGCGGCAAGAAGAGAAAGACGUACCGGCAGCGCGCCGGCGACGACGACAACAACGACGAGGCCUUGGCCGCCGCCGCCCCGAAGCCGAUCGCCGCCGAAGCCGACGACGACGACACCUCGGCCAAGUCGGCGCCGGCGACGGCGGCAGCAGCGGCCGACACAUCAGCGGGUGGCGAACCGGAAGCACCCAACAGCGACGCGGAGGAGGAGGAGGAGGAGGAAGAAGAAGAGAAGGGCCUGUCGGUGGCAGAGGUGCUCCGCCUGCGCAACGCGCGCCGGACCAAGCUGCGCGGCGUCGAGCUGCGCGCCGACGUCGGGCCCCCCAGGGACGAUGAUAACUACGCCGCUGCCGCUGCCGCCGCCGCCGCCGCCGAGGCGGACGCGGCCGAGAAUGCCGAGAUGGCGCUAGUAGUAGCGGCGGCGGGCGGCCUGACGGUGCCGGUGUCGACCGACAAGAUCGCGGGCGGCGUCGGCAAGCGCUUCUCGGCGCAGACGGGGCUGGUUGGCGAAUUGGUCAACAGGCACAUGGAUGAAUACAUAGAAUCAGAGUUGGCUAGGCGGCAGGCGGCGGAGGAUGCGGCAAAGGAGAAGGCCGGCGGCGGCGGCGGCACCUUGCUCUUCAGCAGGGCCACCGGCCAAGCACGACAGCAGCAGCAACCGUCCCUCGCGAGCAAGUGGGCGAGGCCCAGCCUCGAUGACGGCGGCGGCGACAACGACGGCGCGCUCGGCCAGGCCGCGCCGGGCGCCACGGCGCUGCGGGGCGAGGCGCUGCAGCAGCCCGCGCUGCGCGGCAAGCUGCAGGAGGUCGACCUCGGCCAGGAGAUGCGCUCGCGCAACGUGGCCCUGACGCAGCGCGCCACCAUGAAGGGCGGCGGCGGCGGCGAGGACGACGACAACGACGACGACGACGACGAUGACUCGGCCGGCGAGGGCGGCGCCAGCAACAAGCCCGCCGCCGCCGCCGCCGCCGCAGCAAAGGGCCCCCAGGGCCGGAAGCGCCGUGCCAGCGACGACGCCAUCAGGGACAAGAUGGUGGAGGAGUUUUUGCGGGAGAACAAAGUGGACAUGUACGACAUGGCGGACCAGGAGGAGCGCGACGGCGAGAUGGCGCACGACGACCGCGUGGCCGAGCAGUUCCGGCGCGAGUUCUUCGAGGCCAUGUCCCAGCGGAACCGCCGCCGCAGGCCCGCCAUCAACCACCACAAGCGGCCCAGCACCCGCAAGGAGGAGGAGAUCCUCAAGGGGCCCAAGCUCGGCGGCAGUAGGAACGAGAGGGCCCACAUGCGCGACAUCCUGCUGAAGCAGGCCAACGAGAAGAGGGAGGCGUCGAAGCAUUUAUGAUCAAGGACCUUGGUUUUCCCUUCCUUUUUUUUCCUUCACAUGUUCGCCAUUCGCUUUUAAGCACAUGUCUGUAGCCAUCGCUUCUACAAUAACACGCCUCAAUCCUCCACCCCCUUUCUUGUGCUAGAUUUAGAAGGAGAGAAGGCAAAAUCACCUGAUUAUUUUAGAAACGGGUUUGUCCUCCAGAAAUCCGCCAUGGGCAGUUCCGUCUCCAUGAAUUGGGGUGCAUCUCUCCCUCCCUGGUAUGGAACUGAAGCCAACCGCCGUGCCUUUUCUUGCUCUGAAACUUCAAACUCGAGAGAAUCAUACUUGUUCGCUUCCAUAAGGCCAUCCCGGGCCGCCGGAUCAAGGCCAUACUCAGACGCACCCUUACUGUAUACCUCAUUCUCGUGAUCCGAGAUGAAUUGCGCCAUCGCCUGAUAUUUACCAACCC